GCGCUGAGGCGCGGCACCGCGGCGGGAGUCCGAGGCGAGCGGGCCAAGCGCGAGCAGCGAGAUGUGCCCGGAGGAGGGCGGCGCGGCCGGGCUGGGCGAGCUCCGCUCUUGGUGGGAAGUCCCGGCCAUCGCGCACUUCUGCUCGCUCUUCCGCACCGCGUUCCGCCUGCCGGACUUUGAGAUCGAGGAGUUAGAGGCAGCUCUCCACAGAGACGAUGUGGAGUUUAUCAGUGACCUGAUUGCCUGCCUGCUUCAGGGCUGCUAUCAACGAAGAGAUAUCACGCCUCAGACGUUCCACAGCUAUCUGGAAGACAUCAUCAACUACCGCUGGGAGUUGGAGGAAGGGAAGCCCAACCCUCUGAGAGAAGCCAGUUUCCAGGACCUGCCCCUGCGCACGCGGGUGGAGAUCCUGCACCGCCUCUGUGACUACCGUCUGGAUGCAGAUGAUGUCUUCGACCUUCUCAAGGGUCUGGAUGCAGACAGUCUCCGUGUGGAACCUCUGGGUGAAGACAAUUCCGGGGCCCUCUACUGGUAUUUCUAUGGAACGCGGAUGUACAAAGAGGACCCUGUACAAGGAAAGUCCAAUGGAGAGCUCUCCUUGAGCAGGGAAAGUGAAGGACAAAAGAAUGUCUCAAAUGUUCCUGGAAAAACAGGAAAAAGAAGAGGAAGACCCCCAAAACGGAAGAAACUACAGGAGGAGAUUGUAGCAAAUGAGAAACAGGAAGAAAGCUCCUUGCCAUCUGAGCCACAGAAAAGAAAUGGGUCCCAAGGGCCAGGCCAAGGCACUUGGUGGCUCCUUUGCCAAACUGAGGAAGAGUGGCGACAGGUCACUGAGAGUUUUCGAGAGAGGACAUCACUUCGAGAAAGGCAGCUCUAUAAGCUCCUCAGUGAGGACUUCUUGCCUGAGAUCUGCAACAUGAUCGCCCAGAAGGGAAAACGUCCACAACGUACAAAGGCAGAGUUGCAACCUAGGUGGAUGUCUGACCACUUGUCCGUCAAAUCCAUCAAACAAGAGGAGACUCCUGUGCUCACCAGGAUAGAAAAACAGAAGCGCAAGGAAGAGGAGGAAGAACGACAGAUUCUCCUUGCUGUGCAGAAGAAGGAACAGGAACAGAUGCUCAAAGAGGAGAGGAAACGGGAGUUGGAGGAAAAGGUCAAGGCAGUAGAAGAUCGCGCCAAGAGGAGAAAGCUCAGGGAAGAACGGGCAUGGCUGCUGGCCCAAGGCAAGGAGCUGCCUCCAGAGCUCUCCCACCUGGACCCCAGCUCUCCCAGUCGGGAAGGCAAGAAGACAAAGGACCUCUUUGAGUUGGAUGAUGAUUUUACUGCCAUGUAUAAAGUUCUAGAUGUGGUAAAGGCUCAUAAGGAUUCCUGGCCCUUUUUGGAACCUGUGGAUGAAUCUUAUGCCCCUAAUUAUUAUCAGAUUAUUAAGAUCCCCAUGGAUAUUUCAAGCAUGGAGAAAAAAUUGAAUGGAGGUUUAUACUGUACCAAGGAGGAAUUUGUAAAUGACAUGAAGACUAUGUUCAGGAAUUGUCGAAAAUACAAUGGGGAAAGUAGUGAGUAUACCAAGAUGUCUGAUAAUUUAGAGAGGUGUUUCCAUCGAGCAAUGAUGAAACACUUUCCUGGCGAAGACGGGGAUACAGAUGAAGAAUUUUGGAUUCGAGAGGAUGAAAAGCGGGAGAAAAGACGGAGUAGGGCUGGGCGGAGUAGUGGGAGCCAUGUGUGGACUCGCUCUAGGGACUCUGAAGGGCCCAACAGGAAACAGCCAGUGGAAAAUGGAGGCAAAUCAUUGCCCCCUGCACGCCAAGCUUCCUCCUCUCGGGAUGAUCAGAGCAGCAGUUCUGCACAGGCCUCUCGGGAUGCAGGCACUUCCAAUGGCCGAGGCUUUUCCCACCCCCUGCAUUGUGGUGGGAUGCCCAGCCAGGCCCCCCUUUUAAACCAGAUGAAGCCAGCAGUACCAGGAACAUUUGGCCCCCUUCAAGGAUCAGAUCCCACCCACUUGUAUGGCUCCUCUCAAGUCCCAGAAGCACACCCAGGAGAGCCCAUGCAGCACCAGCCCCUCUCCAUGCAGCCUGCAGUUGGAAUUGGGAGCCAUGGAGGAACUCAGCUAAGUGCUCCUGAAGAAAAGCUAAUGUGUGGGGGACUGACACACCUUUCUAACAUGAGAUCCCACCCUGCCUCCUUGCAGCUUGGGCAGAUGAGUGGUCCUAGUCAGGAUGGAAACCUGUAUGGUCCAGCUCCAUUCCAGCCAGGGUUUAUUCCUCCCAGGCAUGGUGGGGCUCCAGCUCGACCCCCAGAUUUUGCUGAGACCCCAGAAGUUCAUCCAAGCCACAUAUACCAGUCAUACAAGUACCUGAAUCGAGGACACUGUGUCGUCUGGAAUGGGAACCAUGGUGUUACCAACCCAGGACCCUUGGGGCCAGAUGAGAAGCACUCCCUGGGGCCAGGACCCUCUCACCAGCCUCGGAACCUUGGUCACAUGAUGGAUUCCCGAGUGAUGAGACCACCUGUCCCUUCAACCCAGUGGCCUAAACAAUCAAGCUUUCUACCUCAUGGAGUUCCUUCUUCAGGGUAUAUACGACCACCCUGUAAGUCUGCUGGACAUCGGUUGCAGCCACCUCCAACCCCAGCAGCAAGUUCUCUAUUUGGAGGACCUUCCCCCACCCUACGGGGGGUGCACGGAGGGGACUCCAUGAUGGACAGUCCCGAGAUGAUCGCCAUGCAGCAGCUGUCCUCCCGUGUCUGCCCACCAGGUGUGCCUUACCACCCCCAGCAGUCCACUGCCCCCCAGUUCCCUGGUCCUUUUCCACAGGUGGCUCACUCAGCAUCAGUAAGUGUGUCAGUCCCCAAACCUGCCUCAGGCAACCCUAGGAGGACACAGGGUACCAGUGAGAUGCAAGAGCCUGAGAAUGACCAAGCAGAGCCCUUGCCUGGGCUUGAAGAGAAACCACCCAGCAUUGGUGCUUCAGAGGGGGUAUACCUCAAACAACUACCUCACCCCACACCUCCCCUGCAGUCUGACUGCCCCAGGCAGAGCUCCCCACGAGAAAGGGAAACAGAGGGCCCAGAGCUCAAAAGUGAUCCCUCAGAAUCUUCAGACCACUGUAAAACAGGACAGGGCAAGACCACCUGGCCCUCAGGCAGCAGCUGCCCGAGCCCAGCUUCCCAAGGCUGUAUGAGGGACCUCUCCACGGCAGCAGGCAGAGGGGCUCUGCCUGAAAAUGGAGUCAUUGGUGAAGCAUCCCCCUGUGGGUCAGAGGGAAAGGGCCUUGGUGGCAGUGGCUCAGAAAAGCCAAUCUGCCCCAGAGGCAACAUACUGCAGGAGACCAUUCCAUGUACAGGACAGAAUGCAGCUACACCCCCGUGUGCAGACCCCAGCUUAAUGGCAGGCACUGUAAGCCAGUUUUCCCCCUUGUACAUGCCUGGCCUGGAGUACUCGAAUUCAGCUGCACAUUACCAUAUCAAUCCAGGCCUGCAAGGGUUGGGCCCUGUGAUGGGAGGAAAGUCAGCAAUGUCACAUCCUCAGCAUUUUUCCCCCCGGAGCUUUCAGUCUACCAGUCCACAUCCUGGAGUCUUUCCCCGGUACCGGCCUCCCCAAGGAAUGAGGUACUCCUACCAACCAUCCCCUCAGCCUUCCUAUCCUCACUACCAGCGAACUCCUUACUACACAUGUCCGCAGGGCUUUUCUGACUGGCAGCGGCCUCUCCAUCCCCAGGGAAGUGCAGGUGGGCCCCCAGCAGGUCACCCUCCACCCCAGCGGUCCCUCUUCUCAGAUAGAAAUGCCAUGGCUGAUCUGCAAGGCUGUGAGACUCUGAGUGCCUCCUUAACCUCCCCACCUCGAACGCAUGAAGUGGCUGCUAAAGUGGUCCCAACAGAUGGGCAAAAUCCUGGUCCAGAGGAAGAAAAGCUGGAAGAAUCUGUGGAGAGGCCAGAGAGUCCCAAAGAAUUUUUAGACCUGGAUAACCACAAUGCAGCUACAAAGCGACAGAGUUCAUUGUCAGCCAGUGAAUAUCUUUAUGGAACGCCUCCACCACCUCUGAGUUCAGGGAUGAGCUUUGGUUCACCCGCUUUCCCUCCCCAUGGUGUCAUGCUACAAACGGGGCCUCCGUAUACACCUCAGCGACCUGCCAGUCAUUUUCAGUCCCGGCCGUACUCCUCCCCAGUGGCUGCCCACCCACCUCACCACCCAGCAGCCACCCAAGCCAAUGGCCUCUCCCAGGAGGGCCCCCUCUAUCGCUGCCAGGAAGAGGGCCUGGGGCACUUUCAAGCUGUGAUGAUGGAGCAGAUUGGCACUGGAAGCGGAAUAAGGGGGCCUUUCCAGGAAAUGUACAGACCAUCAGGGAUGCACAUGCAUCCGAUCCAGUCUCUGCCCUCAUUCCCAAAGACCCCAGCACCAGCAGCAUCACCAGAACAGCUACCACCACAUAAACCCCCAACACUUCCUCUGGAUCAGAGCUAGUUCAAGGAAGAAAUAACCCCCAAGGGAAUGGAAAGCUGCAUAUGAAGAAGACAGCACAUGGAGGAUUUGGGGAUGACCUUGCCCAACUCCAUUCCUGUCACCCUGCUCCACCCCUUCACAUGAAUUAUACCCUGCCACCAGGAGCUGAAGCCACUCCCGGCCUUUGAAGCACACUCCACAGAUGACAGACUUGCAGCUGUCCCAGGCCAGUGGACUGCUUGCAUGGCUAACACAGUUGGGAAGAACAAAUGGACCUAUAGUCCAUGCUGACUUCUCCAAAUCCAGGGACUUGUUCAGGGAAAUCGCUUUGUACUUGAGAGGGGGCCUAGUAGGAAUGGAGUGGUGCUUUUAACUUCUCAUGAGCAGCUAAUCUCAGGUAUUUCUUUGGGGAAGGGACUACUUGUAGUAUUAAUGUUUUUGGAGCUGGGUCCAGUUUACAGAAUUUUCAUGUUGCCUUUUAAAAUAAUUUUUGUUGGUGGUGAAUGUAUUGUACAUAAAAUGGGGAGGGUGGGUGGGGAUGUGGAAGAAAUGGGAGUCCCAACUGUAGUGGGCACACAGCACUGGAGUGGUCUCUCUCUGUCUGUUUACAAUCAUGUCACAAUGAACGCUUUGGGGAGCUGGAGAAGAGGGGAGGCAAAGUCUCAUCUUGUCAUCUGCCACUAACCGUUUGCUAAGUGGCUGGCCAGCCUUUUAACAGCUGAAGGACUUCCUUCCAGUUGGCCUCAAAGUACAGCUCAGUUAUCACCCUCCCCGUCCAUCUGUCAGUUUGAGGCAGAGUACUCUCAUGUGCCCCACUGGCGCUUUGCCCCAGAAGACAGGCUGCUCUCACUCUGGUGACCCAAGUCCUGGGCUUGGGAAAGCAGUGUCCCUUCCUGAUUUUGCCACCAGCUUCACCAGAUACCUGCAAACCGGUAUCAGGAAUUGGGAUCAUUUUAGAGUGUUUCACUCAUUAGAAGAUAAAAUCAUCCUCUUCACAGGCCUGUUAGGACUGUGAUCUAGAAGGCAUCACACACAGCUUUCUGGCACAAAUCACAUUUUGUGAAAGUGACUACUCAGGUUUGUAUAUGUUAGUUUCAAUAAAGAAAUUGCACAGGUUUAAAUAGGGAAAAUGUAUUCUAUAGUUCACAGUUUGAAUUUAGGAAUAUUUCAGUAUCUAUAGUUGUUACUCAGUUUAAGUGAAUCAUAGUAAAAUCAAUCGUGGUGAUUUAAAAUAGCUGUCAAGGACAGAUUCUUGGAAAUCAUUUGUUGUAUCAGUCAUAGGAAACAAUUUUACAGUAUUAAAUUACUUUAGUACAAUUUUAGAAAUGAAUUACACUGGAUUCCCUCUGUUUACCAUUCUCUUGUUUCAUCAGAUAUGUCACCAAAGUUAGGACCUACGUUUAAACUUUUGAACAUGCCACAAAAAAAAAGCUAAGAACAUCCUAAAGUUACAGGUCUUUGUAAAGAAUAGCAUAUUUUAAAACAUGCUUUUGUGAUAUUAGAAAAUUCUUCAUAAAAUGUUAAUCUGUCUUAAUUUUUUAAAAUUUAACUGCAAGAGAAUUCAGUGGUACCCUUUACUUCCAUUUCUCUUAUCCUCUGGUUGACAGUCUGCUACACUUGUGUGAUCAGAGGGAAGGGAAAUAGAAACUUGCAGGUUAUUUAGAUGGAACCCAAGAUUUCCACUCCAGUAUAAAGGAAAUUCAUACCAGUUAGUGAAUGCUUAUUGUCCUGAGGGUGUUUCUUAAGAGCUUAAGCACUGUCAAGUUGAACAGAGAUAAAAAAAAUAGAUGCCUUCAAUAUAUGGUGCACAAAAAUAUGAAUUUUUCUCCAAUGGACUUUCAGUUUAAAUUUAGUGUGUUUCCAAGUGGAUUGAGCUGUCAGUCUGAAUUUCAGUUCAUCCUAAAUCUUGUCAGACUAGCACUGGCACGGGCUGGUUUAGAAGAGUAAACAGAGAUCAGAAGAUUUGUGGGUGGAUCUAAUCUGUCCUUAGACACAUAAGCUAACUUGGACAGAGCACGACCACUUCAUUUUCUAUGUUUGUGCAAAAAACGAGAAAGAACAAACAGCUGGUAUGGGCUGCUUAGACCUUGUUUGGGUUCAGAGCAAGGAGCAUUCUGCCACCAACAAAUGAGAGGCCUUGACUUCUCAUUAGGGACAUAGUAACUGCAGGGCCUCUUCCUUCCAUGUUGCUAAGCCUGGAGGGGUUGCCAUAUGCUUACUGCUGAGAGUCAUGUCCUUCUCUGUCUUCCAGAGGAUCCCCCCAUUACUUGAUGCUACAGAAAUGCUAUGAACAAUGCUGGGGGUGGGCGGGGAUCAGUAAAUUCCUUUAUCCCUAACCUCCCUUCUUGGUUUAGACUGAUGAGAAAAUAUUAAGGAAGGGAAGAGCAAUAGAAAGCUGAACUACUAUGUUAUAACACUGAACAAAAGCAAUAUAGCAAAAUGGUCAGCCUUUUGCGUCAUGGAUGGAAAUUUGAUCAGACGGUUCAUCUGUAUCUAGUAUAGACCCAGCUUCUAUUGGUCUUCGAAGUGCAGAUCUGCAAAGAGCUGCUUGGAGCUCCCAGACCACAGAAACACAGAGGACCUGAGCUGCUGUGAACCCCCUCAUCCACUUACCCCUAAGCAGGAUCUUCUGUUCUUACCUUUCUUCCUCCUCUAGCACUUCUCUUUCCAAGUGUCUUAAGCACAUGCAAUGUCUUAAACCAGAUGCAAAUGCAUUUGCCAUGCUCUCCAUAGGGAAAUGAUGUUAUGUAAUAUGUAAUAAUUAGAAAAUAGUAUGUAAGGGUGUGUCCUCACAAGGUUUGCUCUCAGGCUAGACAGACAUAUGAUCUUGGAGAUCGGUGUCACCUUGUCAAGUGUGCUGGCUCUCAGUGGUCCCCAGCAGGACAUGGCUGAGAUCCAUGUACAAUUGGAAAUACUUCCACUCUGGGUUGACUUAACUUUAUUAGAUUUGUUAAUAAAUUAGAAACUCUUUUCAAGGCUUAAGAGAAAUAAAAGAUCCAGAAAAAAAGUAGA